AUGCUUCUCAUCAUAUUUUUGUAUUUUCCUGUUGGAUUAAUUUCUUUAAUUUUCUUCCUCAUUUAUUGGAAAUUAGUUCGCCCUCAAAAAUACUAUUAUGACACAUUUCGUAAUCAAAAUAUUCCAUGUGAACCAUUCGUCCCAUUGAUUGGUCAAAUACCUGAGAUACGUUGUGCAUCUGAAAAUGAUGCUACAAUGGAUUAUCGUCUGAAACUGAUUGAAAAACAUGGUCAUGUGUUCGUGACAGGUUUUGGUCCAUCGAUAAAAUUAAACGUAAACGAACCUGAUAUGUUAGCCGAUAUAUUUGGUCGAUCACAUGCACAAGAUUAUGGCAAACCGAAUUUAACUGAGAAAUUUUUUCAACCAUUAAUUGGAGCCCAUAAUCUGUUGAUUAGUCAAGGAGAAGAACAUGAACGUGCAAGAAAAAUGCUCAAUCCAGCAUUUCAUUUUGUGAAAUUACAAGGAAUGGUUUCAAUUAUGAUUGAACAAACUCGAAAAGCAAUUGAUGAACUUUUAAUAUCAAAGACAAAUGAGAAAAGUAUUGUUGAUUUACAAGUUGAAUUAAAUGCUCUAACAUUAAAUAUAAUAACAUCAAGUGCAUUUGGUCAAAGUUUUGAUAGUAUAACUGAUGCAAAACGAAAUCUUUGCCAAACAUUCAUUGAAUUAUCUGAAGCAAUUAUCUAUCGAACAUUACGUGGUGUGAAUUUAAUACCAAUUGUAUCACAAUUACCAUUUUGGUAUAAGAAUAUGGUGGAAAACAAUUCGAAAAAACUCGCAAAUUUUGUUGAUCAAAUUAUUGCUGAUCGUCGAUCAGAUCGAUCAAAGAGUUUAUCUUCAAAUGAAGAUAUUCUUGAUCUUCUUCUUUCAGCUGUUGAUACUCAAGGAAAAUCAUUUACAAAUGAAGAAAUCAAAGAUCAAGCAUUAACUUUUGUACUUGCUGGUCAUGAAACAACAGGAAAUUUAAUGACAUGGUGUAUGUUUAUCUUAAUGACAAAUGAAAAUGUUUUCAAAGCAUGUCAAAAUGAAAUUGAUCGAAUAUUUCCUAAUGGAAUUGAACCAACAUAUGAACAUUUAAAUGAAUUAGUCGUAUGUGAAGCUGUUCUUUAUGAAACACUUCGUCUUUAUCCUCCAGCAUCAUUUAUUGCUCGAAAAUGUUUACGUGAACAUUAUAUCGGUAGUGAAAAUCAUCGUCAAAUUUACAUACCUAAAGGUGCAGAAAUAUUAGUUAAUACAUAUGCUCUUCAUAGACGAAAAGAAUUUUGGUCUAAUCCGGAUGAAUUUGAUUAUACACGUUGGAUUCGAGAUCCUCUAACAGGUCGAAAACCAAAAUUGACUCAUCCAUUUUGUUAUUUGCCAUUUGCAGCUGGACCAAGAAACUGUAUUGGACAAAAUUUUGCAUUACUUGAAGCCAAAGUUAUUUUAGCUAUGUUUGUACAACGAUGUCAUUUCGAAUUAGAACCUGGUCAAAAGAUUGUACCUGAUCUUCGUAUUACAAUCCAUGCAAAAUACGGAUUACGCGCAAAAGUUACGAAACGAUUAUGA